UCAGGAUGAUCCCGACAUUGACGGCUACCCCCCGCAACGUCCUACGGCUCCUCCAACGCACUCAGAUGGUCAGUCUGCUGCAGAACCUCCACUUCCAUCCUAUUGCAGCGCAACUGCAAGUACGACAGCCACGGACACCCCUCCUACGCCCACUGAGACCCAACAAGCAACAAGGAACCACGGUCCGAAGAGAAUUGACGAACCAACCACCGGAUGAUGAAGGUGCUGAAGAAGAGGAACCUGACAGUAGUCGCAGUGCCGUCAUGGCCCCAAUGGUUGAGGUAACAGGUCCGGACAGGCAACCAACACUUGUCCACCGACCAUGGACAAUGAAGGACAUUGAGUGUGCGUACGAACAACUCCCUGAUCCCAGAGAGGCAGGAGGACAAAAAUUCGCAGACGAAGUACGUAAGUUCUGUCAUGAGUUUCGUCCUACCUCUCAGGAGAUGUGGUGACUCGGGAAGAAAACUUGGAGCAGAUAUUUCUAAAAUCAAAUAUAGAUGGCUAGAAGAUAACGUGCAUGCCCUACAAAUCCAGCGGGACCACGCCGACAAUGGACCCUAUAAUGCCUUCGUUACGGAAGUGACAGACGCCUGCAGAACGGCUUUCCCAGUAAGAAUGGACACGACGAAGAUUGCAAUGUGCAAGCAACGAGACAGACAGACCGUGUCCCAAUACCUCACUCGCCUUACGGAGGUCCACAAUGCUCACAGCAGAUUCACCUCACCAGCCGACUUGAAUGCUGCAGAGGUAACCCCGGAUGAAGAGCAUUUGCAAAAUAGCUUCAUGAGUGGACUGAGUGAGGACAUUGCAAAAAAGGUAAAGGAUACAUGCAUUACCUGGGAUACGGGAAAACCUAGUCUCAUUGAACAGCACGCCAUAUAUGCUGAAAAGUUGUUGACACAAGAAAGGGGAAAGCGGAAUAAAAGAAGGGAGGACCAGAGCCAUAGGGCGCAGUUAGCCAUGCUACAGAUGGUUGCUCAAUCUGCUGAAAGUCAACAAGCAGGAAGAGGGAGAGGGAGAGGACGAGGACGCGGAAGAGGAGGCUGAGGCAGGGGGUGCGAUAGGGCGGAUGGAUGUUUUCUCUGCGGAAGCAAGGAUCAUUGGAAGAAGGAAUGUCCAAGGACCAAAAGGAGAAAGACAAGAGAAAACAAUAGAGAAGAUGACUGACUAGAGGAGGCUGGGGACGACGGAGGUAUGCCUGAGAGGAAGGCUGAUUUACAGGACCUCCAGACACAGGCUGCACCAGACGAAAAGAAAGGGUGGUCGAGAGCGGGAAGCAAGUUAAAGGAAGGGGUGUGGUAUGGCCCCAAUGACAAGCCGUGCUACCAAGGGCACUGUUCCCUCAUUACGGUUCAAGUAAAGAAAGCUCUACCGCAAUCAGCCAGAGGAAAAUUGCAUGACUUGCAACCAGGAGACUGGAUAGUGGUAAAGGACUUCAGGAGAAAGAGCUGGAAAGCUAAAAGGUGGCUAGGACCGUUCCAAGUGCUCCUCGUAACGCAGACAGCAGUCAAGGUGGCGGAAAGAGUGACGUGGAUUCACGCUAGUGACUGCAAGCAAGUGCCGGAACCAUCGCCCGUACCAGAGGAAAUGAUAUGAAAGGAACAGCCCGGCUCCUAGUGAUUGCCCUGCUGGGACUGGCAGGGGGAGGAGCGGGGGAUUACACAGCAACAUUGACUAAGGGAAAAAUGGGCACAUUCACAUGUAACCUAUGGCAUGGCCAUUAUAGGAGGAAUGUAAAGGAUGAAUAUUUUUUCUGUCAGAACCCGUGCGGGUCACGGGAUUGGUCUGUGGUGGGGCCAGCACGGCACUAGGAAGCCCCAAUAUGAACAGUCGAAUCAGCGAAACCCAAGCAACAGGGGAGGAUGCCAGGGUAACGAUUAGUGUAGUAGAAAACACGGAUGAAGGUAUUGUUAAAAGCCUGUCAAGGAGAGACCAUGCCUGAUGAACAUUCUUGGAUAACCAGAUAUUGGUGGCAAAAUUGUAUCUCGCAGCAUGAAAGCCUGUUGUUGAGCGUUCAAAUUUUUGUCAGAUAUUGUCAUUAUACGACAAAAGGAGAGAAUUGUGAUGGAAAAUUUUGAGUGAUCAACCUUAAGCGAUAUUUUAAGAAAACGGCUAAGGGAAUUGCAGAACUAUAUAAACAAAGGAAACCGCCAAACUGUUGCAUAAGCUUUGCAGAGCUUAUGCUCAAGCAAGAUAAGCAAGUAGAUUGUUAAGCUUUGCAAAGCACUUUGCAACAAGAGCAAGAUAAGGAAGUGGACUGUUAAGCUUGUUAAAGAAUUUCGUAUAUGGUAUGGAAUUGUACUGGCUCAGUUAAUUGUGUAAGCCUUAAUGUAACCUGCCCAGCACCAGCAUACGUACAAAACCUGAUAAAGUCAAGCUUGGGGCACGCCUUCCUCUUUCUCAGGUAGUGGGAGGAAUGCGUCCUCUGCGCA